AUUUACUGAUGCCAUGUGUUUCUGUCUACUAUUUAUUUAUUUUUUGUGUACUUUCUAAACUAUCUUGGGUGCUAUAUUCUCUGAGCUUCCAGUUUCCAGUAGGACGAAUACAAAUGCUACACCUAAGAAUAGAAAGAUAAAAAAGACAAAGGAAAAUUGACCAAAUAAAAACGAAAGAUUACAGUGCAACAAUAUUUCUGUCAAAAAUGUUUUACUAAUUUUACAGAGUAUCUAGUUACAGUACAUGCUCGUCUGGUUCUACAACAGAAAACAUUUGGCUCCACCAAAAAAAAAAAAAAAAAAAAAAAGAAUGUUCCAUAUAAAACCACGUACAAUAUUUUUAAAUGCAGUCCCUAAGUUGCAGAAAAGCAUAUCAACUUCUCGGACAUGCCAGAGCAAUCACAAACUUGCAUCUUUCCUGGAAGCUGCAAAGAUGCCAGAGAAGAAGCUCAGAAAACUUGUGUUUCCCUUUGAGGACCUUGAGAGGCAUCUGUCAAGCAAAGUAAACACGAGCAACUUCCAUCUUUUUCAACCAGGGUUUGAAGACAUUAAAAGGGCUGAAAUGUUUUUUACACCUUCAAAAAACCAGAAGAUUGAUUAUUUCACAUCGGCUGUUAGGAUGGAUCACGCUCCAUUAAUAACGCAAUCGGAGGUCAGUGAAAACGCUCGAUCUGAAACUGCAGCUAUGAGAGUAUGCUUUAUUGGCAGAAGCAAUGUUGGAAAAUCUUCUCUUAUAAAAGCUUUGUUUUCCUUGGUCCCAGAAACUGAAGUCAGGGUUUCCAAAACUCCGGGACAUACAAAGAAAAUGAACUUCUUUACAGUGGGCAAGGCAUUUACUUUAGUUGACAUGCCUGGUUACGGAUAUAAAGCACCCAAGGAUUUUGUGGAUAUGGUGGAAACUUACCUAGAAACACGACAUAAUUUGAAGAGAACAUUUUUGUUGGUGGAUGGCUCGGUUGGACUGCAGCAUGCAGACAGAAUAGCCAUUGAUAUGUGCGAAGAAUUUGGACUUCCAUAUGUUCUUGUGAUGACCAAAAUUGACAAGGCAAAGCAGGGAGAACUUUUGAGGCACAUCCUGGAGGUCCAAGAGGUUAUACAGAGUCAAACCGUAGGCUGUUUUCCUCAACCAUUCCUUGUAAGUUCUUUGCACUAUUCUGGGGUAUACCUGUUGAGAUGCUUCAUUGCCCAUGUGACCGGGAAUCUGAAGCUAGAACCAUCCUGACCGCAGAACUCUGGUGGAUUAGUGUGAGCAACUAGAGGAAGAGGAAAUGUCGUUGAUGUUGAAGCUGUUUUUUUUUUUUUUUUAUGUAAAUUAUUCUCAAUAAAAAUAUUUCAGUACUCUAUUUUAAGUGGUUAUAAUCCAUAAAAUGUGUAUGUGAAUGUUGCUGUGGUAAAGUGCUAUUGUAUCACUAUAGUAUCCUGAGACCUCCCGGAGAGUGGCCGACCCAUACAGUGGAGCAACCUGCUAUGGAAGCCCUCAACGCACAUUAAAAUCCAUCCAAUUAUUCUGAGCCAAGUCUUGAGUUGAAGGAUCCAUGUCCUGGGACCUUAUAAACCUAUUUGUUAAGAGUUGGGGUUUCACUGCAUUAAAGACAU